CCUCGCUAAGAUUUCAAUUUCGACGAGUGAAAUACCCGACCUGUCGCCCCAAAGCCAAGCACCAAGCUAGCACGCAAAAUCGCGAUCGAAAAACAAAGAUAAUAAGCUUCCAAUCUAACAACCAAUAGUCCACUAACAAGUUCAAGCUCUCUGGCAAAAACCACGGAGAAACCUCUAUCGUGAGCCUAACCCCCGCCUCCUUCGCGUUUUUGCAGGAGAAUGACACAACCAAGAUCCCUCGACCGAGUCUCAAGAAGUCUCCAGGCAAUUCGCAGUCCAUCUCUUCCAACAGCAGGUAAAAUUCAGAGACGAGAGCCAUCAAACAAGUUACUUUGAGUUUUUGCUACAAGUUGGCAGAGUUGCAAUCAAAGAAGCCGAGUGCUCAGAUUACUCAUUGAAAUCUACCCACCUGAAGGAGCAAUCUCCCAGUUGAAAAGAAGUUUGUCCUCCUCUUCGUGAACAUCCUGCUUCUGGAUUCUUUGAAGAAGACAAAUUGUAGGACUUUGGGAGUUGGCUACUCAAGACUAGAAAGAUCCGAGCAAGUUUAAGUUACAUUUAAGGUACAUGUGCGCUCGGCUGGAAUUCAUUCACGAAUCAACGAAUCAUUAACCAGGUUGAGCAAAUGCAAUAUGCAGCUUUUUACGCUGAUUCAGAAGAAGUUCCUACGUCAGACAGCAAGCGAAGGAGGGUCGAAUCAAAUAAGGGUCGUACAACUUUGAGAACCCCAACUGUGGAACCAAAACCAACCACUUUCUCCAUGGUGUGUCCUGCACUCCUCACAACUUGCAACUCUCUACCGUUCCAACGACAAGUAUUAUAUCCAAUACUCUCCACCAAUAAACCUCAAAUAUGUCCCCUUCAUCAUAUAUCGUCGUCGGAUCAGGUGUAUUUGGCGCCUCAACUGCGCUUUCCCUCAUCCGCAAGCAUCCCGAAGCAAGUAUCACACUGAUCGACCGCGAUAGGUUCGACGACUCCAAACGGGUUGCUGCAUCUUGGGACUGGAACAAAGUCGUCCGUGCUGACUACAACGAUAUCGCAUACACUAAGCUCGCCCUUGAAGCACAGCAUCUAUGGCGGACAGACCCAAUCUGGAAACCGUUUUACCACGAGAGUGGUGUGAUUUGGAUCACGCCCACAUCAUUUGCCAAGCAGGUGCUGAAGAACUUCACAGAUCUUGGAGUCGAGACCGACUUGCAGAUAUAUUCUGUUGAGGAGGCUCGCAUCUUGUAUAAUGGCCUGUUUGAAGAGGCUGAUUACACCGGCGUCAAGGAGGUCCUCGUGAACAAGACUAGUGGCUGGGCAGAGGCAAAAGAGGCAUUACAAAACACCAUCAAGACUGCCGUUAAUCUUGGAGUGAAAUACAUCACGUCUGAGGUCACAGCCAUCGAGUUUGACAACAAUCAUGGUCAACGUCGGUGUUCUGGCAUCAAGACAGCGAAGGGAGAGUCUCUCUCAGCAGAACGAGUCAUUCUCUGCACCGGGGCAUUUACUCCUAAGCUGCUAAUUGACAGCGACCCUGAGUGGAUUGAUCUUCAUGCAGGCCAGAGAAUUAUUGCAGCCGCUGUCACGGAAGCCGUCGCGCCUAUGACGGCUCAGCAGAGUUCGGCUCUCGAGGUUAUACCAGUUGGAAUUAAUGAUAAUCCUGUCGAACGAGGGUGCGAUGUGGGCUGUCUCCCACUGCCAAAUAUCAACGCUGUCAAAUAUUGGGGCCAAGUCAUUUUCAAAAACACAGUCAAGCAUCCCAUCACCAACACACGGCUGUCCGUCCCGCCGAGUCAGCCGGACUAUGCUCAAUGGGAGGUACCAUUGGCUUUGAAAGAUGAUGUUCGUCAAGGACCCGAAUCAUUGUUUGGCAAGAAACAGCUGCACCAAGACCUCGAAGCCUUCAGAAUCUGCUGGGAGGCUUUGACCCCAAGUUCGGACUUCAUAAUUUCUCCUCAUUCGGCCUGUGAGGGCUUAUCCAUUGCAACUUGCGGAUCUUUCCAUGGGUAUAAAUUUCUGCCUAUUCUAGGCAAAUAUGUUGUUGAGAUGCUAUGUGGCGAGCUAGAUCCUAGUCUAGAGAAGAGGUGGGCUUGGGAUCGACCUUUACCCUCAACGGAAUUAAACAGCAAGUGGCCAACGAGGGAACUAGGAGAUCUGAGGUCGGACGGCUGAUCAAAACAAUGAAACAUGAUGAAGCGGUAUUUUCACCUGUGUAACUGGGCGAUUAUUCCUGAGCGAGCUGCCUGUUCAGUUCAAUUCAUACUAAUGCUUGCACUGUCCCUAUCUAUCCUCCAACGCUGAAAGCUUUUUUGCAGCGUAUGAACUUUGCAUAGAAGUAAUGUUAAUCUACAUGGAAUAUUCUCGUAACUCC